AUGGAUGCCGACGGCAACGACACCGUCGAGUUCGACGAGCUCGCCUCCUCCCUCGCGCCGCUGCUCCUGGGGCCCUGCCGCCCUGCCGUAGCCGUCGACCACGCGCAGCUCGCCGAGGCCUUCGACCGUGACGGCAACGGGUUCAUCUCCGCCGCUGAGCUCGCGCGCUCCAUGGCUUUCAUGGGCCACCCCAUCUGCUAUGCCGAGCUUACCGACAUGAUGAAAGAGGUGUCAUAA